GUGGGGAAGCAAAGCAAGCAGACGGAGUCUUUUCGGUCGCCUUGUUCGAGCAAUAGCUAGCGCUCCUGUUCCUUAUCGUUCCUUUCUUAUUCCCCUAGCCGCUUUACCUCCGCCGGGGUCAGGUCAGGUGAAAAGGAGGCAGUGCCGCCCAGUUAGGUUAUUCGAUCCCCCGAGCUCGGUGCUCCGCCCCGCGGGGGCCGCUGACCCGGAUGCGCUUUGCUUUCCCCGGCCUACCUAUGUGAGCCGACGGUGGCGCCGCUGCCAGUAGUAAGCUCCAGCAGGGGCAGCGGCAGCAGACAAGGCGGCAGGGCGGGGACCGAAGAUGGCCGAGUCCCCGGAGGAGGUGGCGGUGCUAGUACAGCGCGUGGUGAAGGACAUUAACAACGCCUUCAAACGCAACCCUCACAUAGAUGAAAUUGGAUUAAUUCCCUGUCCUGAAGCCAGAUAUAACCGGAGCCCUAUUGUCCUGGUAGAAAACAAACUUGGGGUGGAAAGCUGGUGUGUCAAGUUUCUUUUGCCCUAUGUCCAUAACAAGCUCCUUCACUACAGACAACGAAAACAAUGGCUCAACAAAGAAGAGUUGAUAGAUAUCACCUGUACGUUGCUGCUGUUGAACCCAGAUUUCACUACUGCAUGGAAUGUAAGGAAAGAACUAAUACUUUCUGGCACUUUAAAUCCAGUUAAAGAUUUACAUCUUGGGAAACUGGCACUAACUAAGUUUCCAAAGAGUCCAGAAACAUGGAUUCACAGACGAUGGGUGCUGCAACAACUAAUUCAGGAACACUCCUUACCCACUCUUGUGAAUAAAGGGAAUUUGGAAACAGCGCCCAUGGAAAGGAUACAGCAUUUAGUGAAAGAAGAAAUGGAUGUUUGCUGUGUAGCUGCUGGGAGAUAUCCAAGUAAUUAUAAUGCCUGGUCCCAUCGCAUCUGGGUUUUACAGCACUUGGCAAAGCUCAGUACAAAGAUUCUUCUUGAUGAACUUUCUUCCACUAAACACUGGGUCUGCAUGCAUGUUUCAGACCAUAGUGGAUUCCAUUACCGCCAGUUUUUAUUAAAAACUUUGACUAGCAGAACCGGGACUGACUGUACUGUAGAGAUGCACAAUCAACCAGCCCAUCAGCAAGCACCCUGUCUUCCAAAAGAUGAAGAAAAUGAUGAAGCAGAAGCUAUCUGCGUGGAAGAACAAAAGCUAGAUCUCCCUCAUCUUCUAAAUGAAGAAGUAGAGCUCUGCACUGAUUUAAUUAAUACUUACCCAGGGCAUGAAACCCUCUGGUGUCACAGACGGCGUGUGUUCUACCUUCAGCACCACUUAAAAAACAAACUUCUACUUUCAAGUGUCUGGGCAGCACCUGCAGACAAUAGCGUUGGAAUGUUGAAUAACUCUCACCUUAGUGAUGCAUUUGGUCAUGUGACCCAAGCCAUGGAUGUUGACGGUUUGCUUGAAUCCAACAAACAAGGCUACACUCAAGAAAUAAAACGCCUGAAACGUGCUCCUAUGCAGGACUCUGUCAGUCUUGAAGCAGAAUGCAGGUUCAUCGAUCAAGUUUUAUCAACAUGUAGGGAUGUAGAGCAGGCAAGGUUUGCUGGGGCAUACAAAAAAUGGCUGGUUUCCUUUCUAGGUCAGUAAAGAAGAAAACCAGACAACCUGCAGGGUCCUUCAUUUAGUGCAAUAUUCUUUUUUCAAACACAGGUGCCAGUAAUGCCAUCUGGCACUAUCCACCCUUCGUUGUUGCUGUCAGUGCUAAACUUCAUUUGCUGAUGAUGGUUUUAGUGUAAUUUAUAUUUUAAAACACCCUGGUGUUAAUCAUUAAAAGGUUUUUCUGAGCUUGUGUUCCUCUGUAGGGUAACUCCAUAUCACAAAUUCCUUAAUGAUAUAUUUUAAACACCCUUAUAUUAAGACAAAUCAAGUUUUUCAGAAGCUAAUACAACUAGAAAAUGAAUUCAUUUCUCAGUCUCUCUUCCUUAACAAAUGUAGCUAAUCAAAUCAUUACCCACAACGGAUGGUCAUCAAGAACAUCAGUGCAGACAGGGUUUUGGCCUGAUAGUUUUGAGUAAGAGUCUUUUAAUUGGCCUGGUUCGUGUAUAAUGUUAAACCAUUAACUAUGGUUUAAUGCAAAUGCUGGUGCAUGUUGCUCAAAAGUUGCCUCUUUACUCCUCUCCCACCCCUGACUUUGCUGUGCUGAGGAAACAACCAGUGGCUGGAUGUUGCAUGCGAACCAGUGGUUGAAGUAGAAGCCAAGGUUUGGGUUUGGCUUACUGUUAAUGGCUUGACUGGGGAAAACAAACCACAAACACUGGCUUGCAAGUGCAUGUGAUUUGUUUCCCAUCAAAUGAGCCACAAACCAAAAACAAACCUUGACUUCUACAAACAAACCACAGCCACUGGUCUGCAUGUAGCAUGAAGCUAGCAUAUGGUUUGUGUCCCAGUAAAGUCAGUCAGGACUGAGCAAAGCUGGAACUUUUGAGCAGCAUGCACUAGCAUAUUGCUCCUUCACAUUAACCCAUAGGCCACUGAAUCAUUGAAUUGCUUUAAAUGCACUGCUUCUCUUCUGUAAACAUUCCAGUAGCGGACAAUUUGUUUCUGGUUCACGUUUGAAUUACUCUGACCUUACUUACGUUUUCAUUGUAGCGCCAGUUCUAAUGGAGUAUGGUUAAUUUGAAAUUGCAGGAGAGUUGUGAAGAUGUGUGAGAGAAAGCGUUUCCCUCUUACACCAGCCAUGUGGUUAUUAAAGUUCUUCAUUGCAUGUCAUAUUUUUAUUUAUUUCAUUUUACUUAAGUCAUUGUUAAUUAUGGAUAAUUCUGAAUUAAUUACAAACACUACAGAAUUACGGAAAGCCUCAUGACGUGCCCCAUAUAAUUCAGUGCAGAUACUUAUGCUGGAAGUAUCUUGCUAUAAGGUGAACAUUUGUGUGUGUUGUGUGUUUGAAGAACAACAACAAUUAAGACUUUUCCUAUAGAUAAUUCCUCUGAAAAAGAAAGAGAAUUGUCUUCAGCUGCCUUGUGACUUUUUCUUAUUACUUACAAAGCCAUCAAAUAGAGAGAGACAGGGUUCUUGCAGUCAAGCUUUUAUUCCUUAUUGCUUUGCAAACAGCAGACAGAAUUUGAACAGUAUGAUUUAUUCGUUCUGUUUAUUUAGUGCUGACCUAUAUCUGAGAUUCCUUAACCAUUCUGGUAAUACCCUGCUAAAUAGACACGUACUGCCCACUGAAUACACAGGCCCUAAUGCACAGUACUUCAACCUUGGGUCCCCAGAUUGUGUUGGACUACAGCUGCCAUCAUCCCCAGACAGUAUGGUCCAGUAUGGGACCCAAGGUUGAAGAACACUGCUCUGAUGUUAAGCUCCAUGUGUACACCAAAACUACUCGGUCUUGUGUAUGAGCAGGAGUUCCAUACUGAAAUUUGUGCAUGCUGCAGUCAAUAGGGAAACCAUUGUUUAAAGCUCCAUGCAUGGAAGGGGCCCCUGGAUUGAGCCAACACUAUAAGGACAGCACUCUCAAGCCUGUGAGAUUUGUGGGUGUGCCCACACUCUCUUUAAGGCCACAAAGAAAAUACUGCUUGCCUGAAAGCAAUAUACCAUUUGGACUUGUUAGUUGCUUGUUACUUAAAAGUCUCCAAGCAACUUACAGCACAUUUAAAAUAUGAAUACAUUAUACCAUAAAACCACCCCUAUAGGUCACAGGAAGCUUUGGCAGCACACAUUUUUAAAAUGGGCUUAUGAAAAUAACAGUUUACUCAGGUUUCUCACACAGCCUACCAACUGGGCAAAUCCAAAUACUGGCAAAACAUUUCUAGUCAUAGUCGUGCUUGUUUCCUUGCACAAAGAUAAGUGUGUUUGCUGUUUUUCUAGGUGAGAAAGUAGUAUGAGCAGGAGAAAUCUCGAUAGCAUCUAAGAUUGUUGACAAUAGCUAAAGGGUAUAUAGUGCAAUGGUUAGUUUAAAUUCCAUAUGAGUAUUGGAACUGACUAGUUUGCCCAAGGAAGAACAGUAAUGCUAAGGUGUUUCUCUGCCUCUCUCAAAUUCUGAAGUUGAUUGGAAGAUAAAUUCAGGAUGGCCAUCUGAGCAUAGGUCAAUAUUCAUUUAAUACUGCCCCUGUCUAGGCUUCUCUCAGCAGACAGAGGUCUGCUUUCCAUGUAAGGGUAAAUCAAACUAGGGCUUCUCAUGAACGAGCAGCCAUGUUUGGUGCACAGUGAGAAAACAGUGGCUGCUUUGCUCUUCCUCUGGUCCUGUUGCUGUCACGUUACAUAGAGCUAAGCCAUAGUUUGGCUUAGCAUUACUUGUAAACCUAGGCUUGUGAUCUGUAUUACUCCAUACAAAACGAGCUGUAACAAAGGUUUGUUCUUGGUUUACUGCUUGUGGGGUUUUUUGAGAGGGGGGCAGGAGGAGACACACCACAAUCUAGGUUCACAUGCAACACCAAGCCAAACCGUGGCUUAGCUACGGGUAGUGCAGCAGCAGUAGGACCAAGACCAGGGUGAGAAGUGUAGCAACCACAAUAUUCUCUCUGAACACCACAACACCCACAACACUUGCUUGUUCAUGGUAAGCAACAGCUUGGUGUACUAUUAUGUGAGAAUGAUGCCAGGGAUUCCUUGAUGUAGCUGUUCCAUUCCCAGAAAGUUUAUCACCAUUGGGUUUUUAAUGGGCACUGUAUUAUUAAUGAAACAGGGUGGAAUCCAGUUGGAGCUGGGAGGACUUUUGGUUUGUUGGAUGCCCCCUCUAUCAGAAGAAGAGGGGAGACAUUUUCGCUGAUUUGCAGCCGCACUGCAUCAGCUUCCAUUCUGUUCCUGAAGGUCUCCUAUCUCUCAAUCCAAUUUCUGGGGUGCUGCAGAGGGAUGCUUUUGAUUCAGCAAUUAUUCCCUUCCAUUAACUGAGGCAUCUGAUCAAAUGGCUCAAAAGCCCUUCUGGGAGUGCAAGGGCACCAGUUUGACACCGCCCAUAGAAGUGCUAUUGACAAUGCUGACCCUUCAUAUAAUUCAGGUUUAUUUUCAUCAAGACUUCUUCACAAUACACAAUCGAUUAAGCCUUGAGACUCUUCAUUCAUUGCAGUGGGAUCAUGUGGUGCUCCCAUGCAAGCUCCAUUGAAAUAAAUCAGGGAUGUGCUAUGGCAGCACAUAGAGAAUUACUCCAUUUGUCUCUUGGUUUUGCCAUUCCUCAGGUGUAUCCAUACAAAUGUACAAAGGAGAGAGAUGGGUAUCUUAAAUAGAGAUGCAAUUAAAAAAAGGUUCAUCAUGGGCAGAUAAUUCCCUCUUUGCUUAAGCUGGAUUGAUUUUAUAAAAGCUUUGAAAGAUAAUAAGGAAAUGUAACUUAAAAUCCAUUUUUGCUGAGGUGCCGGAUAGAUUCCCUGGAGCUAUAUAUAAAUAAAAGUAACUCUGCUCAUUAAAUUUGGCAGCCCUUCCAUUAUCAUAGAUGUAAAGUCAAACUCUGCCCUUAAAUAUGCAUUUAUUUCCUCCCAGUGAUGGAAGUGGGAUUUGUAUAUGCAGAAACAUAUCAAAUUCUAUGUCUGCAGUCAGUGAAAUACCUCUGGAUUUUAAACUUGCCUGAAUAGCUUGCAUAAUAUAGCAGAGGUUCUUUUAUUUUAAAGGGAUAUAAAUGGAACUAGAAAUCGUCUAAUGACUGAUUAACAAUUCCAGUGGAAACUAAAAGGCAAAUAGAAACCUGGCUUUUUAUGUAGCUGAGCUCUGGCAGUGCUGAGAACCUAAAAAGAAAGAUAAACAAAGUGAAAAUUAGGUGAAUGGGUUCAUAGCAUAUAUAUAUUUGGUAUAUAUAUAUAUAUAUAUAUAUAUAUAUAUAUAGUUUCUCCUGCAAAAUCUAAAGAAUUACUUAAACACACAAGCAAAUAAAAGCAAAUAUUUUGUAUUUGUUUUUCUGUUGGCGGCAUAUUCUGGCAUGUGUAAGAAAUUGUCCCUUAGUAAUAUGCUUUCUAAUGUGAAAGUUUGUAGUGUAUAAUAGAACUCACAAGUGAGCACUUAACUUUUAAUUUGACUGAUUUAUUUGAAGUCUCAGACUGGAAAAAGGCUAUAUAUAUCACAUAUAUUUAGCUGUGCCUCUGGGCAACCAUGAUUACCAUACAUUAAAAGUCACCAGCAGAGGUCUAAGUAACAUUAGACUGAGCGCUUAGUAUGUCGGAGGUCAAGAUAUUAAAACUUAAUAAUUAAAUGGGCAUUACUGAGGAAACACCUGACCACCCAUUCAGCACCAAGCUGUUUAUUGUUACAGUUUCUUGAGUUAAUACAUAUACAGUAUCAAAAAUCAUUGAGCACUUAACUGCAUGUGCAUUUUUAAGGAUUCAGAGGUCUGUUCUUUUUCUGCACUGUUUCCCAUACAAACAAAUCCAAUCUUCUUGUUUUUCCUUGCAACAUCUUGCAGUGGCAGCUUUUUGGUGACAGUAAACUCCAGAAAUGAGAAUCCCAUUUAAGAUCAACAUAAGCAAACAAACAUUAAAUAAUGCAUAAUGUUAUCUGCAGUAAUGUGCACACUGACUAAUGCUGAAAAAGCAAUUGAAUCUUUGGGUUGAGACACCCUUACUGUUUUACCAGUUCCAACACAUCUCCACCUCUGUUUUCUGAAAAUGCAGGCACACAAUGCUAGUCAAACACCACCACGCUUUUCACUCUAAAAUCUGGUUGGAUCAGUUCCAGUACAUUUUUUAAAAAAUUCAGCUUCAGAUAGAUUUUGCAACUGAUUGGUAGAUAAAUCCAUUGCCCCUGCAGGUGUGGCCAAUGGAAACACCUUGCUGUGGGCAGUGACUGGCCCAACACUUUGCUGUGCAUGGUCCUGAAAGAGCUGAAGUCAGCAGUGGGGAAAAGGAGGUGUGUCCAGCCAAGGGCCAAGUUGCUUCAAAAUGCAGCCAGAAAAAUCAUUCUCACUGCUUUUGAAGCAACUAGUGUGCUUACUGCUUCAGUGUCAUGUUGUAUAGUUAGUAGGAUUAAAAAAGUGGCAUAUACAAGAUAGCUAUUUUGACAGUUAUUUGUAAACGCUUAGUACAGGAUCAGUCAUUUUAUAUUAGUUUUAAUGCAGUGUUAAGCCUUGUCAUGCUAAUAUUUGCACUAUGGUAAAUGCCAUGUUGAACUGUAUUUUAAAUUAGUGGGAAACACCCAUGUGAGUACUACUUGAUAAUUAUUUGCCACCAUGGAAAGAAACCUAGGUUGAGUGGCUUGGUUGCCCCUCUGAUGAGCUUUCUAGAUAGCAGUUGUAGUAUUGGUUUUUGUUUUCCCCUCUUUUGCUUUAAGGUAACAUUGGGGAGGCAGAUAGCAAAAGGAUCAGAACAGUUAUUUUUGACAUUGUAAUCAAUACAGCUGUGAAAUAAUGGACAUUAUAAUUUAACACAGGAAUAGAUUGAGCUAUGAUUAUACUGAUUUAAUAUGGUGGGCAAAAAUGCAACCAACACCAGCAAAAGCCAUUUGUUUGUAUUGUAGGUUUGAAACACUUUUUAAAUCUCUCUUCCCCUGCUUGUUACAAUUGGUGAGUGUUCAUACUAUAGUUUUUAAAUGCAGUUUUCUUUUGAUAUGCUGGACUUAAAUAAUAGAUAUUUUAAUAAUCCACACAUAAUUUAUUAUUAGUUGCAUUGUUACCUUUGUGUAGCAGGCUUGUGUAUAAGAAGAAAAUAUAGUAAUAUUGUUAUUCUAUAACUUAAAUCUUUAAACUUUUCAUAUUAUCUGGGAAUGGUGUUAAUUAGAAUAUGAACUGCAUAAUAGGAUUCAUUUUUCCUUAGUCUACCCUUCUUGAAAUAAUCUAUUUUGUAUCUGUUCUAAGUAAAUAAUGUUGGCCAGGAUCAGAGAAUGGCUGGUUCUUAUGUUAUAUGUACAGCCAAAUCCAGCAAGCAGUUUUUAAAGGUGCUCUGUGGUUUCCAUUGAGAGUACCGUAGUCAUGUUUUUGGAUCAUUAUUCCCAUUCCAAACUGUAAUGCUUUGUUUUGCAGAAUACACAAGUUGAACCUGCUGAAAAUUAUAAUGUCACUUUAUAUUUGCUCUAGACAUUUCAAGAUCAACUGAGUGAAAGAUGGAUGUGACUUUUAAAAGCACCUUAGACCCAUUCUCCUCCACUGACAGCACAUCCGUGGACAUUAAGGCACUUUUGAUAUUAAAGAAAUGGAGGAGGCAAUCCCACUACUCUCAAAUGUGUUUUUUAAAUAUGGCUUUUGGGAGGAGCCAGUGUUGGACGCUUUUUCCUUCUCUCUUACUGUGUUUAAUUUAUGAUGCCCUAAAUAGUUUUCUCUUUUAAGAGUAUAGUGUAAUGGGGGGAGGGGCUUUUUCGGAUAACACUUGACUACCUCCCAGGAACCAAGAUAAGGCUAUGUCUUCAGAUGAGCCUGCUUUUAUCUAGAACCUCAAAGCUUGGGUUUUGAAAAGCAAGAACUCUAUCAAUUAAGCCAAUCUGAUUUCUUUUCAUGAGGAGCUUUAACUAAUAAUAAAGAAAUAAAUGCUUCCUAUAUUUUUUGAAGUCAAACAGCUCUCCAGUGCCAGAAAUCCUUUCUGCUAUUUCUGCAAACCAAGCAACUGUACAAUUAUCAAAUGAUGAAAAUCGGUACAUGUGAUUAGUUGAUGCUUGCGCUGUAUAUCCAGGCAGGAACUCCGACUUUCUUGUGACUUCUAGUUUGCAGUGGUGCUUUACUCAGGGCAUAGGUUAUCUAGUGCAUUAUAUAAUGGUAAAAAAAUCUAAUGAUGUGUAACUAUUUGAAUUCUAAAUACAUAAUAGCAGUCUCUUAAAGUGUAGCCAUCUAACUAAUGCUGUAACUGGUUAAAAGCUUUGAAAAAUCUGCCUUUUGCUCUUCUGCAAACAUACCGGUUAUUUUCUAUCUUAAAUCAAAGUAGCUGUUUGUUAGUUAACUGUGGGCCUGUUCUUGUAGGUUGCCAGAUAUCUCUUUGCAGCUAAGUGUUCCUGAAAGGGGGACUUGAAAUAAUGUCCUAUUUAACAGCACAAAUUAAUUAAUUUAUACUGCCGCUCUUGUUAACACAUUGUAAUACCUAAACUGCAACAGGUCUCCAGAUACCAAGAUCAUGUAUAGAUCCAGUUUUAUGGAGGCGGGGGAGGAGAGAGGUUUAUCAUCUGAGGCAGACAGCUUUUUGUGAUUAAUACACCAAUGUUAUCUGGAACAUGCUUAUUAACAGUACAAUUCAGCCAAAAUUAAUGAGCAUAGACAAUCCUAUGCAUGUUUACUCAGAAGCAAGUCACAUUACUUCAGUGGGCUUACAUCCAACUUAAGUGUUCAUAGGACUGCAGCCUAAAAGUGUUGACCGAAUCAAGUCAAGAGAUAUAAUACAGUAGUAAACUACUAUUAUAGUGAAACAAGGGACUUAAAUUGAUUAGAUUAAAAUUUUGAAAAGCAGAGGAUGCACAACAGCAACACCAGGGGAAGUGCACAGACAUAUGUAACUAUGGCCAAGUACCCUUAUAUAAACAUUUGGAUGGAAAAACAUGGAUAUUUCCAUUGUGUAAAACUAAACUGAAUGCAUAAGUGGCAUGAACCACUAGGGGAUUGUUUUCCAUUCAUUUCUUCAGAGGCCCAAAGCACUUUCUUGCAUUGUGUAUCUGAUAUUCUUGUCUCUCUCUCUCUCUCCUCACAGUAUGUUUUCUUUGUGAAAGAGUCUGUUUCCUGUUUUUAUGUUAUUACAACAUGACUUUCGAAACAAAUACCGUACUUUGUAUAUGCUAGCUUUUAUGGAACAAUCUAAUGGAUGCAAUCCACAAGUCUCCUGCUACUGCACAAUCUCGUAUUAAUUUCAGUGUGAGAGCUCUUCAUUAGCGGCUAGUAUAGGAGAAUAAGGUAGAAAGGUAGAAUAAAACCACCCUUUGGCCCAGUUCAGAUGAAACAAGGUCAUAGUUUUCUGCUAUGUCAAUGAGCCAUAGCGACCCUCAGGUUUGAGCAGUCCCUCUGCCAUUACACCCGAGAUUGAGAGCUUUCACUUGCAAUUUUAAACAAGCCACAGUUUCCUAUGAUGCCAAAGCUCAGGGAAUUGUGGUUUUUAAACUAUGGUAUGAUUAAAACAUAGUUUAAAUACGCCAUAGUACCUCCAAUCUGCUCCACUGAUGCUGAAAGGAGAGGCAGAGUGGGCUUGAGACUCAUUGUGACUCAUUCAUGUAAUGGAAAACAAUUUUUUUUUUUGGUUACUUCUGAAUCAGGCUUUUGUCACCUUUGCCAAUGGUGUGGAAUAGACUCAUUCCUGUCUAAAUAGUAUAUUUUCAUGUGCUGUAAAAAGGUGAGCAAAAAUAUAUGAUCCUAUUCUUUACACAAGGAAUUGAUAUGCACUGCACCAAAAACUAAGAAUUGAAACAGCUAAAUUUUCAUUGCUCCAUGGUUCAGAAGAUGCAAAGAAGUAAUUUGUCAUCUAGAAUGUGUAUGUUGUUGUAAAAUGCACUGACAAAUGGGAAAUAAAUAUCUUGCAGCACAUUAACACAAAGGAUUUCAAUUUAGAUCAAAGCAAAAAAGUUGAUCCAUUUAUUUACUAUGGUACUUACUAUUAUCUUACGCCAGUAAUGAAUAACAAUUCAUAUUCCUACUGUAGUGAAAUUUAAAGAUAUAUCAAUGCUGGUUAUUGGUUCAGAUUUCACUGAUGUCAGCUAUAUGUAUUGUGAAUGACAGCUUUAUCUUUCUAACAGGCUAUUUGGCAAAGGUAUAGGAGGAGCUUUUAAUUGUCUUUCAGCGUCAUUAUUCACAGCAGGUAAAGUACAUUCUUUCUCUAAGUGUGGGGGUGGGGUUUAUGUGCGCAUGCGCAUCUGUUGUAAUUUUUUAUUAUCUCUUAAUAAGAAUGAUACUGUAUGCUACCCUAAGAAUGUGGGAUAGGGCAAAAGUGAAAUUAAGUGACAUAAGUUAUUCACCCUUGUUGGAGACAUCAUCUAUUGGACUCCACAACAAAGACUGCUAUCAGGAGAAAACAGUAAAAAGGUUCUGUAGGUGAAGUGUGAUGUAGGAUGUGCUCGAAUUUUGCAAAAUUUGAAUUUAACACCAUAUUUCCUAUAUGCUUUUGUUGUCCCCAUGGAUCAGUUUUUUUCCUAGUGGUAUUCCGUGGCUGAAGCAGAUUUAAAAAAAACAGUAAAUCACAAAAAUAUCAAUAUUAAUAUCAACAUUUCCCUCAAAAUACCAAUAUCAAUACUGAUAUUUCAUUUAAAAUAUUUUUUAAAAAAAUCUAUGAAAAAACUGCUUUUUAAAAAUAAUGAUUUUUGGGGGGGGGGAAGAAUAGGUAUUUAUAGCAAAUGGUGAACAUUGAUCCCUGACAAAGCAGUACUGGAAGGACGUUUAAUGGAGCAAAAAUCAAACUGGCAUUGAAAUGCAGAUCCCGUCCCUAAUGUGAUGUCACUGAAGUGGUAAUUUAACCUUGAGUUUCUCAUAUCCAAACUACAAGCCCAACUAUCUGUCAAGAAGUUCUUUGGGUAGCCUAAACUUGUAUUGCACUGGGUGGUGGUUGUUGAGAGGUUAAACCAUUAUCUUUAUACAGUAUAAAUAAAAUAAUUCCAGCACAAGUGUAAGCUUCUAUGCAGAUGUAUAUGAGGAAAUCCUAAUGGUAACUAAUUUUUAGAGUAGGGACCAAUUAACUUUAACUGUUUUGUAUAUGCUUGACUACUUUUUCCUGCCUGGAAUUGCAGUAAACUUAAGAUGUUUGGGCAACUGGGAUAGUUGGCCAAGAGCAGAACCUUCACUUUUUGCAGGCUAGUCAUCAAAUUGCAUUAGAAAACUUGUGACAGAAUCUACAAUUACAGUUUCUGGUUUUGACAAACAAUAUGGAUGGUGCAAUCAAGGCAAUGAAGAAGACAACUGGUCAUAUGCACUGACCUUUAAUUUCUGUCUAUUCAGCUCUUUUUAUUUUAUUUUUUUCAGAAAACACAUCACACUACUCACUAUUAUUUUUCAAACUUGACCUGAGAUUUGGAUGCUCAUUAGCUUUCAGACACCUUGAAAAGCUUUUAAAAAAAUAAAAUGAGAUAUAUGAACUUUCCCUUUGAAAAUUUAGUUGUUUCCUUGUGGAUGGGCAACUAAAAUUGAGAUGGGUUUUAUAUCUUUGACUAACAUAUAAAAGUCAUUUUUGUUCAAUUCAUCCUGCCCCAUAUCUGAGCUUUGGUCACGGUUUACUGGGGGUAAAUAUAGGUGUAUAUGUGAAACUAUUUCACAGAAGGAUCCAUUUCUGAUGCCUGAAAUACAGUGGAAUUGCCAGUGCUAUCUGUAUUAAAUCAAAUGCAAUGGGAAGGAUUGGUUACACUGGUACAAUGCAAAUGCAACUUUUUCUUAUGCUACAGUAUUACUUAUCACACACUUUAUGUGGACACAACCACAUGGACAAAAUGUCAUUGUAGUGAUAUUUUUUCACAUAUUUUGAAUUGCUUUGACUCUGCCAUUUUAAAAAUCCAAGGUACAUAUUUUGGUGCAAUAUGAAAAACUGUGUAUCUUUGUAUCAGUUCUCUCACUGGUUUAUAUUGCUGCUAUGAUUUUAGGUUUAGUGUGGCUACAUAAAUACUUCUGAAAUUGUACUUUACCUAGGAAUGCAUAUCCUCUUCCACUCAUUCUCACUUUAACUUAGCUUCUUAAUAGGUUUGACAUCUUUAUAGCACUCAAACCGCUGCUGUCUUGUAAUUUUAUGAAAUUCUGCUUUGGUCUGGAGAGUAGUAGAAACUUUAUCCUGCUUAAAAUACUGACAUAUAUGGAUGUUGUGGUAGUAUUGGCCAAUAGCUGCCAAACAGUUUCCCAGGUCUGCCCCGAAGUGAUACCUUGACUUUUUUCUUCAAAUAUUUUGUAUUCAUUUUUUUUUUACUUUAUCCUAGUAAUAAAAAAGUAUAUUACAGACUGA